UGACAAUCCAUAAUCUGGUCUUGCUCGCGAAUCAAAGCUGAACCCAGCUCUAUUGCUUGUACCUACUCAACUAAGGCAUAGAAAAGCUCUAACCCGCCAAGAAAUGCUAUGCUAAGCUUCCUACGACCCCUCCGCUCCGCAAUGACCUCGAUUCCUCGUGUCCCCAUCCCCGCCAACGGGGUCGACUACCGCGGCAAAGUCGUCCUGGCUCCGAUGGUGCGCUCCGGUGAACUUCCCUGCCGCCUUCUCGCCCUCAAGUAUGGCGCCGACCUCGUCUGGGGCCCCGAGACCAUCGAUCGUGCCCUGGCAGGCGCCGUCCGCCGCGUGAAUCCCCGCAACGGCACCAUCGAAUUCACUCGCACCCCCUCCAAUGGCGGCCGCACCGAGAAGGCCACCCAGGAGUCCGUCAUCUACCGCCUCGAUCCCGUCCGCGAGAAAGGCAAACUCAUCUUCCAGAUCGGCACCGCCACGCCCGAGAUCGCCGUUGCAGCCGCCAAGCUCGUGGCCGGCGACGUCGCGGGCAUCGACGUGAACUCGGGAUGCCCGAAGCCCUUCAGCACCAGCGGCGGGAUGGGCGCCGCGCUGCUCAGAACCCCGGACAAACUCGUCGCGAUUCUCGAGACGCUGGUGCGCGAGGUCGGCAACCCAUAUCAGAUCGGCAUCUCGGUCAAGAUCCGGCUGCUGGACCGGGAGGACCCCGAGCCGACGCGCGCGCUGGUCUCGCGACUCGUCAAGACCGGCAUCACGGGGCUGACCAUCCACUGCCGCACGCCGCCCAUGCGGCCCCGCGAGCGCGCCAUCCGCGACCAGUUGUGCAUGAUCCGGGACAUCUGCCACGAGGCCGGGGUGGCGUGCGUCGUCAACGGCGACGUCACCAACAAGGACGACGGCCUGGCCCUGAUGCAGGAAUACGGGGUCGACGGCGCGAUGAUCGCCACCGCCGCCGAGGCGAACAUGUCCGCGUUCCGCACGGAGGCCGAGGGCGGCCUCCUGCCCUGGAAGGAGAUGGUCCACGACUACAUGCAGUUCUGCCUCGAGUCCGAGAACCGCUUUGGCAACACCAAGUACCUGCUGAACAUCUUCGUGCCGGGCAAGUCCCCCGAAGCCCACCGCUUCAAAUCCGCCCGCACCUACGUCGACACCUGCCAUGCCUUGGGCUUCGAGGACCUGAUCCCCGCGGCGACCCGCGUCGACGAGAUCCUGGGACUUGCGGAUAAGACCACGAACAAGAACAACGACACUAGCGACGCCGUCAGCAAAGCCGUGCAGAACGCUCUCAAGAAGAAUGAAACCGUCCGCGCGGCCGGCAACGGCGGCGCCUCGCGCUCGAAACCCACUUCCCCCGUCCUCUCCCACUCCGGCGGCCCGAUUCGCACCAACUCGAUCCCUCCUCCUACCAAAUCCGUCACCAACACGACGGACGUCGAUCCUGCGGCUGCGGCUGCGGCUGCUGCUGAAGCCGUCACUGUUCCGAAACAGGAACUUGCCGCAUAAUUCCUGCCCGCACAGUGUUCGACAGCAUGAUUCACCCCUUCUCUGCCUAUUAUUACCUCAUGUAUUCACGCUUGUAUUUUCCGUAUGAACUCAUCUCCUGCGAUUGCAUUACCCGGUGUUGAAGAUUGCUCUCGGUUGGUUUUCAUUCCUGUUGUUUUGUGCUUAGAAAUUCUAGAUUCCCACCUUCUUAUGUUCUUUAAUUCAAAAGGCAGAUACCAU